ACAAAACUGACGUUACAUUUUAUUUAGUUUAAAACAGCGUUUUCUUCUCGGUGAUCACAUAUAGACGAACAAGGCAAGUAAAAAAGCUGCAUGUUUCUGAAACAGCAAACGUAUCACUUUAGACAUCUUACGCUGAAAUGUUUUUUUUUUAACUAGGUCAAAAUGGUGCGGACAAAUAUCAGAUGUAUUUGUAUAUGGACCAGUGAACACUGAGGAACAGAGCAUAUGAAGAGAAAUAGUUAACCCAUUGCGCCGUUUCAACGCAGCUUUGAAUGUACUGAAUACUUCUUUGGUGUUGACCAAUAACGACCGACGGCUGUAAUUUGGACCAAUAAGCACCACUGAAUCACAGUGUCAUCUUUAUGGCGCACUAAUGCUAACUUACACGUUUAGUUAAGAAUGCUUUUAUUAUUAUUUCAUAAUGUAAAUAGUUGAAGAAUAAAAAUUGCGGAUAUUUUACAUCAAUCAUUAGUACCCAAGUCAGCAAGCUGUCUGCUAACAUUUCUAAAGCGCAGCCUUUGUUACUCCGUUGUAAAUCAAAACAAUGACUUCAGCCUCUACCAAGGUUGGUGAGAUCUUUUCUGCAGCAGGAGCUGCAUUCACAAAAUUGGGAGAGCUGACCAUGCAGCUGCAUCCAGUGGCAGAUAUUAGUCCAGCAGGGGCACAAAUGAAAUCAACAGUCAAGAGGAAGAUUUAUGAAGAUAUUGGAGCUCCUUUACCCACUGAUUCCCCAAAGAAGAGUAGCAAGAAGGUGGCGGUUUCUAUGGCUCCCCCAGCCCCACCUAAAGUCAUUGCUGUGCCAUCCUCUCAGGUUGUGGUGACUGCGGGUUUACAGCGGCCAACCACAGGUCCAUCUAACAUUAAGUCAUCAAAGACAGCAGAUGUCACUCUCAGCGCACUGAAUGACUCUGAUGCCAACAGCGAUCUGGUAGAUAUCGAGGGCUUGGGUGAUAGUUCCACAUCUAAAAAGCUCAAUUUUGAUCAAGCAGAUAGUCUAAAUCUCGACUCCAGUCUCAUCAUGAAUUCCAGUGACUUGCCAUUGUUAUCCCGCUGAAAUCUUCUGCAACAUGCAAUCAGGAAAAGGAACUAAUCAUGUCACUUCAGUGCGGGGUUCAAGAAACUUGCGUUUUUUAAUCUGGAGACAGUUCUCUUUUUUCCAGGAAAGACUCAUUUCUAAGUUAAUAGUGAAGCUAGGCAUAUUUUACCAAUGAAGGACACAGUUUUAAGAGGCUGGCAAAUUUUGCUUAAUAAAUAUUUCUGUUCUGGGUCCAAAAUGUAUCAUUUUAAAACAAAUUACUGUAAAGACAUUAUUGUGUAAUUUUUUUAACCAUUAUCAAUAAAGUAUCAUGACCAUUG